AUGGAUUUUAGCAUGGAGAAACCAACUAAGAAAACAGAUUGCGAAGAAGACGAGCAUAGAAGAGGGAUUGAUAGUUUGCCUGAUGAAAUCACGCUUGAUAUAUUUUCCAGGCUUUCAGUAACAUCUUUAAUGCAGUCCAGGUUUGUCUGCAGAUACUGGAAAAACUUUUCAUUUGAUCGAAAUCUUGCCAGCUUGCAUCUGUCUCAGGCUGUGAAACGCGAUCCUUUGCUCAUCUUUCACAGUGAUUUUCCUAUUCGAAACCAGCUUUGUUUUGCGGAGUUUUCUGGUACUGAUGAUGAUGCUCAAGGAAUUGUGAAGAAGAUUAGUACUCCUUUUUCUGCUUCUAUGCCAGAGUUUACUGUUGUCAGUUCUUGUAAUGGAUUAUUGUGCCUAUUCGAUUCCUUGUACAAGGAUGCUGUUUAUAUUUACAAUCCUUUCACUAGGGAUUACAAGGAGCUGCCAAAAACAAGGCAAUAUGAUGAAGAAACUGUUGUCUGUGGAUUCGGAUAUCAUCCUGAAACUAACCAGUACAAGGUUGUUAAGAUAGUCUACUACUGGAUCGUCAAUUUUGGAUAUCCCCGUGCUCAUAGUAGGAUCAGGAUGUCGCGUAAUUCAAAAUCUGAAGUUUUUGUACUCAGUUUAGGAGGCAACGCGUGGAGAAAUAUUGGUGAAGCACCUUACUUUAUUCAAAGGAGGCCACAGGGAGCUCUUUUUACUUGCGGAAGGCUUCAUUGGCAAACUCAAGGGUGGUUUAAAAAUGUUCGCGGCUUUGUCAUUAUUUCAUUUGAUCUAGCAGAUGAAACGUUCCAUGAGAUUCCACGACCUGAUUUUAGUAGAAUUGCUGAUGGCCACAGGUAUCACUUAGCUGACCUAAAAGGAUGCCUUUCUGCAAUAGUAUACAUAUGCAGAUCGAAAGAGCUGGAGAUAUGGGUUAUGAGAGAGUAUAAUGUGAAAGAGUCUUGGAUCAAAGAGUUCAGAAUUGGAGCUAAUAUACCAGACUCACCCUCUACGAAGCUGCUACAACCAUUUCGGAUGUGGAGAAACAGUUUACACAGGGCACUGGUUCGAAUUCUAUGCAUUUUAGAAAAUGGUGAGAUCUUGAUGGAGUACAGUGUUGGAAGGUUGGCUUUGUGUGAUGUGCUAAGUGGAACAUAUAAAGACAUAACAUUCAAGGGAAUGCCGAGCAUUUUUCAGACUGUUGUGCAUGUAGGAAGCCUGAACCUGAUCGAUUUCCCGGUUAUUUGUAAUAUGUAAUGUAUUCAUAAAUUUAAGUUAGUUUUUGAUUCGCUCUGAACUUCUUCCGUUCAUAACACUCUCUCUGAAUUGAUAGUACUUUUUGAGCAAAAUUGUAUUGAUUCCGGUCAAUCGGCUAAGGAGAGCAUAUGAUCAGGAGUUCAAAAGAAAUUGGAAUUCAUUUAAAAGCUAUCUAUAAAUUACAUUCUACAUAUUAACUGGGAGAUCAAUCUGGUUCAGGCUUCCGAAAUGCAAGACUGUCUGAAAUUUACCUGGCAUUCCCUUGAGAGUUAUGUCCUUAUAUCGUCCACUCAUCAGAUUGUACGAAGCCAACCUUCCAACCUUAUACUCUAUCAAGAUCUCAUCAUUCCCUAAAAUGCAUAAAACUCGAAUCAAUUCCCUAAAAUGCAUAAUUUUGGUUGCUGCAACCUGGUAGAGGGUGACUCUGGUUUGUUAGCUCCAAUCUUGAACUCCUUGAUCCAAGUCUCUUUCACAUUAUAUUCUUUCAUGACCCAUAUCUCCAAGUCUCCAUGUCCAUAUUUAUAGACUACUGCAGAAAGACAUCCUUGUAGAGUAGCUAACAGAUAGUUGCGGCCAUCAGCAGCAUUACUAAAAUCAGGUCUCGGAACCUCAUGAAACCUUUCAUCCAAAAGAUCAAAAGAAAUGAUUAUUAAACCGCGACCAUUGUUUUUCACACCUCGCGUAAGCCAAUGAAGCCUUCCAUUGGUAAAAAGAGCUCCCUGUGGCCUCCUUUCAACAUAAUAAGGUACUUCUCCAAUAUUUCUCCAUCUGCUGCUCCCUGAACCAAGUACUAAAACUUCUGAUUUUGAUCUGAGUGGUGUCCUGAUCCUACGAAUACGAUGAUCUUCAAUAUUUCCAAUCCAGUAGUAAACUAUCUUAACAACCUUGUACUGCUUGGUCUCAGGAUGAUACCCGAAUCCACACAGCACUAUUUCAUCUUCAUAUUGCCUGUUUUUAGGCAGUUCCUUGUAGUAAUUAGUGAAAGGAUUAUAAAUAUAGAUAGCAUCGUUAUACAAGGAAUCACAUAAACAUAGUAAGCCAUUGCAAGAUCCAACAACCGUAAACUCUGGCAUCGAAGCAGAAAAAGGGAUACUAAUCUUCUUGACAAUUCCUUGAGCAUCAUCAUCUGCACCAGAAAACUCUGCAAAACAAAGCUGAUUUCGAAUAGGAAAAUCACUGUGAAAGAUGAGCAAAGGAUCGCGUUCCUCGACCUGAGAAAGAUGCAGACUAACAAGAUUUCUGUCAUGUAACAAGUUUUGCCAAGAUCUGCAUACAAACCUACACUGCAUUAGAGAUGUAAUAGAAAGUCUUGAAAAAAUAUCAAGUGCAAUUUCAGUAGGCAAGCGAUCAAUCCCGUUUCUUUUCUUGCUUGGCUUUUUCAUAAAAGAAUCCAUUAAUCAAUGUAGAAGCAUAACAAU